UUAGUUUCCAGAAGUUGAAAUUGGCGCGGAGUGUCCUUUUGCUUUCCAAGACUUUUACCCUGGUUCAAUAAAUGAAGAAGAACGGCGCGGCAAUCAAAAGCAAGUGCUGCGACAUCGAAACUUACCGGUUUUGCUCGCCAAGGCAAACAUGUGGCUUCAAGAACAUCCCGAAUUUUCGGUCCAUUCAGUGGAGGUUAUAACAGCAGACGUUCGUUGUGCUGAUUUGGAUGCUAGCAAAAUUUCUGCGCGCUUCGAGGACAAUUUCUCUUCCAUCACGUGCUUCAAGGGAUUGAGGUUUUGGCUGAAAGAAAAUGUGAAUUGCAUCAUCAAAAAA